CCCCGCACUCCACUCCCACAGACCCUCCCACAGGGAGCCGCACCCCCACCGGUCUCCCCCACCCCCCCGCAGACACCCCGCAGUGGCUCUGACACGUGCCACCGGACCCCGCAGGUCCUCUCAGUCACCUGCACACCUUACCCUCGCUCAGAUUUGCACACACACUCUUCCCCACUCACAGAACCUGGCACGAUGCACAACACAUGUCUCACACCGACACACACACACUCGGUCCAAGGUAUAGACCCAGACACAUGCACACAACCCAGGCUCUACAGAGGCACGUCCAGGAUUGCUCCUUCCCACGUCACACCUCAUGCCCGUGAGAACACACACUCUCACACACGCAGACCCCCAUGCACAUCACCCACUGACACACAUGCUUUCUCAGUCUCCCACCUACCACACAGACACACCAAGAUACUCAUACAUAGCUCACAGAGAGACCCGGGGAGCCCCACACUUCACCCUGCAGACCACCCCCAACUACACGGGCCGUUACACACUCGCCUACUUCCACUCACGGAUCUGUAGGAGUUGCACAUUUGCCAGCAUCCCUCCCCCCUCCUCCCCCCACACACACUUUCAUCUCCCUGCAUACAAGACCACCCCAGCCUGGCCACAGGAACCAACCUCUCAGCCCCUUUGUCUGUGCAAGCCGCUGGCCAUGCUUCCUGAGGGCUGUUCUCAGGGCCAGGGAGGGGGGCCUGGCUGGAGGUGGGUCUGCACCCCUUCCUGGUUGACUCAUCUGAGUCACCGGGAGUGGCUGGCCCGGGGUGACCCUGAGCCCGACAUGGGCACCGGCGCCAGCCCCAGGGCUCCCUGGUCACACCUGCCAGGGCAUGGGGGGAGGACACAGGGGCCUGGUCUGUAGGGUGGGGUGAGGCGGGUGUUUGCCCAGUGGGCGACUAGCAUUCCUGGCACCCCUGAGCUCUGGGCAGGCACAAGGCACGGCCUGGCACAGUUGGGGGCCUUCAGGACAAGCCAGUGAGUUAGCCCCCAGCCCCCGCCCUCUCCUCUGGGGUGAGGGCCAUCACAGGGCUUCUGCCUCUGCUGCCUGCCUGUCUCCCCGGGACUUCUGCACCCUAUGUGUGUGUGUGUCUGACCGUGUUGUCAUCACCCCCUGUGACGCCCACGUGUGUGUUUGUGUGUGUGUUUGCACACACAGUUGCUCCUCCCUGCCUGCCUCUGGCACCUCUGCUUCGGACCCCAGCGUGGGGGCCUGUCUGUUGACAUCUCCUAAGGUAACACACAGGGCAGUGACUCACUCCUCUCCUGCCCCAACUUGUCCCUGCUCCUGCCCAGAGCCCCCAUCCCCUGCAGCAAGGUGAGGGGACUGUGCAGCCUGUCCUAGGGGCCUGGGUCCUCCUGGCUGUGGGCCCCGGGCUUUGGCCUGUCUGGUUGAUGGGUAGCUGCCCUGGCCUCCGUUCCCCCUCGGAGCCUGUGGCUGCUGCUCUUCCCCAGCUGCGCACACAGACCUGGGAAACAGACAAUUAAUUUCUGUAAUGAGGUUUCCACACCACCCCUGCUGCGGGGGUUCUGCCUGAUAAACCUGUGGAGCAGCUCUCUGUCCUACCCACAGACCCGCCCAGCUGGCAGCGAGUUUACCUCCUGGCAGGGGGAAACUGAGGCAGGGAGCCAGACUGCAGCUGCCCCCACCCCCUGCUGGUCGCUCUUGCCUCCCUAACUUUCCAGUCCCUAAUUCCCUCCCCAGGCCUGUAGAGGGGCCUGGGAGUGGCUGGAGAUGCCCCUCGUGGGAGGAUGAGGGACUCUGAGGCAGGAGGAGGUUCCUGGCCAGGAGAAGGCCGCGUCGAGAGACGGGGAGGGCUCAGAGUUGUAGGGCUGGUCAGGCCUGGAGGAGAUCCUGGGUGCCCACACCCUCGGGUGCCAGCGGCAGGCGCCAGCAAAAGGACUUUUGGCUCUUGUGAGAAGCCGGGCAGACCUAUCCUUGCCUCCAGACUGAAGAGGCCCCACACGGGGAGCACAGAAUCUGUCCCCAGAGCCCUGCAGAGCCACUGUCCUCCCUGUUCUCCGGGGCUGCCCUAGGCCUCACCCACAGCCAGAUACCUCUGUGCCUACAGGGUCCCAGGACCGGGGCCCACAGCUCCUCAAUGGCAGAGAAGCCUCUCUGGGGACAAAGAAUGUUGCCCGUCCAGUUUCCCAAGACAAGCCCGGCCUGGUCCUGUAGAGGGCCAAGAACUCCAGCCCCUUCGUCACGAAGGUGAAAGAGCUGCGGCUGCAGAGAGAUGACUUUGAGAUCUUGAAGGUGAUCGGCCGAGGGGCCUUCGGGGAGGUCGCCGUGGUGAGGCAGAGGGACAGCGGGCAGAUUUUUGCCAUGAAAAUGCUGCACAAAUGGGAGAUGCUGAAGAGGGCCGAGACAGCCUGUUUCCGGGAGGAGCGGGACGUGCUGGUGAAGGGGGACAGCCGCUGGGUGACUGCUCUGCAUUACGCCUUCCAAGACGAGGAGUACCUGUACCUCGUGAUGGACUACUACGCUGGUGGGGACCUCCUCACUCUGCUGAGCCGCUUCGAGGACCGCCUCCCGCCCGAGCUGGCCCAGUUCUACCUGGCUGAGAUGGUGCUGGCCAUCCACUCACUGCACCAGCUGGGCUAUGUCCACAGGGAUGUCAAGCCGGACAAUGUCCUGUUGGAUAUGAAUGGACACAUCCGCCUGGCUGACUUUGGCUCCUGCCUGCGUCUCAACAACAGUGGCAUGGUGGAUUCAUCGGUGGCAGUGGGGACCCCUGACUACAUCUCCCCUGAGAUCCUGCAGGCCAUGGAGGAGGGCAAGGGCCACUACGGCCCACAAUGCGACUGGUGGUCGCUGGGAGUCUGCGCCUACGAGCUGCUCUUUGGGGAGACGCCCUUCUAUGCUGAAUCCCUGGUGGAAACCUACGGCAAGAUCAUGAACCAUGAGGACCACCUGCAGUUUCCCCCGGAUGUGCCCGACGUGCCGGCCAGCGCGAGAGACCUGAUCCGCCAGCUGCUGUGCCACCAGGAGGAGCGACUGGGCCGCAGAGGGCUGGACGACUUCCGGAACCACCCUUUCUUCGAAGGUGUGGACUGGGAGCGGCUGGCGACCAGCACUGCCCCCUACAUCCCUGAGCUCCGUGGGCCCAUGGACACCUCCAACUUCGACGUGGAUGAUGACACCCUCAACCAUCCAGGGACCCUGCCACCACCCUCCCAUGGGACCUUCUCCGGCCACCACCUGCCAUUUGUGGGCUUCACCUACACCUCGAGCAGUCCCAGCCCUGAGAGCAGCUCCGAGCAGGUGGCUGCCCUGGAGCAGAGGCUCCGUUGUCUGGAGCAGGAGAAGACGGAGCUGAGCCGGAAGCUCCAAGAGGCCCUGCAGAUGCCCUCGGACCACCGGGAGCUGGAGCAGCUGCGGAAGGAGGUGCAGACUCUACAGGACAGGCUGUCAGAGAUGCUGAGGGAAAGCAAGGCCCCCGUGUCUCAGACGGAGGGUAGCCCAGGCCAGCACAGUGACCUUCAGCAGGAGAGAGACCGGCUCCUCCAGGAGCUGGCCGAGGCUCAGACAAGGCUGCAGAUGCAGGAGCAGGAGCUGGGCAGAGCCCAAGGGCGGCAGGAGGAGCUGCUCCAGAGGCUGCAGGAAGCCCAGGAGAGAGAGGCAUCCACAGCCAGCCAGACCCAGGCCCUGAACUCCCAGCUGGAGGAGGCCCGGGAUGCCCGGAGGGAGCUGCAGGCCCAGGUGGCCACCCUGAGCCGGGAGGUGAGGCGGCUCCAGAGAGAUCAGGAGCGAAGCCUUGAGAAGGAGCCAUCCCAGGUCAAGACCGUCCACACCACCUCCGAGACCAACGGCACGGGCUCGCCCGAAAGCAGGCCUCAAGAAGCCCAGCUCAGGAAGGAGGUGGCUGCCCUGCGUGUGCAGCUGGAGCAGGCCCGCAGCCACGGGCCGAGCGGGAAGGAGGAGGCUCUGUGCCGGCUGCAGGAGGAGAACCGGCGGCUGAGCCAGGAGCAGGAGCGGCUGGUGGAAGAGCUGGAACGGGAGCUGCAGAGUAAGCAGCGGCUGGAGGGCGAGCGGCAGGAGUCAGAAAGCAACUGGGAGGCCCAGCUCGCCGACAUCCUCAGCUGGGUGAAUGAUGAGAAGGUCUCCAGAGGCUACCUACAGGCCCUGGCCACCAAGAUGGCCGAGGAGCUGGAGUCCCUGCGGAAUGUGGGCACCCAGACGCUCCCCACCCGGCCACUGGUGAGCCCCGGAGACACCCUGGGAGGAGGGGGUGCCGGUAGCCUCACUCCACAGGUGGGGAUACUGAGCUCGUGGAAGAUCAGUGACUUGCCUAAGCUCACAGCGGAUCAGUGGCAGAGCUGGGGCUCUGAGCCUGGCCAGGACCACCAGUGGAAGGCACGGCGGCUGCAGAAGAUGGAGGCCUCGGCCAGGCUGGAACUGCAGUCGGCACUGGAGGCCGAGAUCCGGGCCAAGCAGAGCCUGCAGGAGCGGCUGACGCAGGCGCAGGAGGCCCAGCUGCAGGCCGAGAGCCGUCUGCAGGAGGCCGAGAAGCAGAACCAGAGCCUGAAGCAGGAGCUGGCUGCACUUCGGGAGGAGCUGCGAGCCCGCGGGCCAGGAGACACCAAGCCCUCAAACUCGCUGAUUCCCUUCCUGUCCUUCCGGAGUUCAGAGAAGGAUCCCGCCAAGGACCCUGGCAUCUCAGGAGAGGCCCCGAGGCCGGGGUCGGAACCGGAGCUGAGGCCGGAGGGCCGCCGCAGCCUGCGCCUGGGGGCUGUGUUCCCCAGAGCACCUGCUGCCACCACAGCUGCUACAGAAGGCCCUCCCGCAAAGCCUGGCUCCCACACGCUGCGCCCCCGGAGCUUCCCGUCCCCCACCAAGUGUCUCCGCUGCGCCUCGCUGAUGGUGGGCCUGGGCCGCCAAGGCCUGGGCUGUGAUGCCUGCGGCUACUUCUGUCACUCAACUUGUGCCCCACAGGCCCCACCCUGCCCCGUGCCCCCUGACCUUCUCCACGUGGCCCUGGGAGUGCACCCCGAAACGGGCACGGGCACUGCCUAUGAGGGCUUCCUGUCGGUGCCUCGACCCUCGGGUGUCCGGCGGGGCUGGCAGCGGGUGUUCGCUGCCCUCAGUGACUCACGCCUGCUGCUGUUUGACGCCCCGGACCCGCGGCUCAGCCCAGCCAGCGGGGCCCUCCUGCAGGCACUGGAUCUGAGGGACCCCCAGUUCUCUGCCACCCCUGUCCUGGCCUCUGAUGUGAUCCAUGCCCAAUCCAAGGACCUGCCACGCAUCUUUAGGGUGACGGCGUCCCAGCUGACGGUGCCACCUGCCACGUGCACCGUGCUGCUGCUGGCGGAGAGCGAGGGCGAGCGGGAGCGCUGGCUGCAGGUGCUGGGCGAGCUGCAGCGGCUGCUGCUGGACACGCGGCCACAGCCCCGGCCUGUGUACACGCUCAAGGAGGCCUACGACAAUGGGCUGCCCCUGCUGCCGCACGCGCUCUGCGCCGCCAUCAUCGGCUCACAGCAGCUCUGUGAGAAAGACCAGGAACGGCUUGCUCUGGGCACUGAGGAAGGGCUGUUUGUGAUCCACCUGCACAGCAACGACAUCUUCCAGGUGGGCGAGUGCCGGCGGGUGCAGCGGCUGGCCGUGAGCCCCACUGCGGGCCUUCUGGUCGUGCUGUGCGGCCGUGGCCCCAGCGUGCGCCUCUUCGCCCUGGCUGAGCUGGAGAGCACGGAGGUGGCGGGCGCCAAGAUCCCCGAGUCUCGAGGCUGCCAGGUGCUGGCAGCCGGACGCAUCCUGCAGGCCCGCACCCCCGUGCUCUGUGUGGCCGUCAAGCGCCAGGUGCUGUGUUACCAGCUGGGUCCGGGCCCAGGGCCCUGGCAGCACCGCAUCCGUGAGCUGCAGGCACCGGCCCCUGUGCAGAGCCUCGGGCUGCUGGGCGACCGGCUGUGCGUGGGUGCGGCGGGUGCCUUUGCGCUCUACCCGCUGCUCAACGAGGCUGCACCUUUAGCUCUGGGGGCCGAUCUGGUGCCUGAGGAGCUGCCACCGUCCCGUGGGGGCCUGGGCGAGGCUCUGGGCGCUGUGGAACUCAGCCUCAACGAGUUCCUGCUGCUCUUCACCACCGCCGGGGUCUACGUGGACGGUGCCGGCCGCAAGUCUCGCAUCCAUGAGCUGCUGUGGCCAGCAGUGCCCACGGGCUGGGGUUACGCAGCCCCCUACCUGACAGUGUUCAGUGAGAACUCCAUCGAUGUGUUUGACGUCAGGAAAGCAGAGUGGGUCCAGACGGUGCCACUCAAGAAGGUGCGACCCCUGAACCCAGAGGGCUCCCUGUUCCUCUAUGGCACCGAGAAGGUCCGCCUGACCUACCUCAGGAACCGGCUGGCAGAGAAGGACGAGUUCGACAUCCCCGAUCUCACCGACAACAGCCGGCGCCAGCUGUUCCGUACCAAGAGCAAGCGCCGCUUCUUCUUCCGCGUGUCGGAGGAGCAGCGGCAGCAGCAGCGCAGGGAGAUGCUGAAGGACCCUUUUGUGCGCUCCAAGCUCAUCUCAUCGCCCACCAACUUCAACCACCUGGUGCACAUGGGCCCUAUGGACGGGAAGCCCAGCGCCAGGAACCCGCCCCGGGCUCCGGAAGAGAAGGGCCGAGGGUCCCGCAGCUCCGGCCCGCAGCGGCCCCACAGCUUCUCGGAGGCCUCGCGGCGCCCAGCGUCCAUGGGCAGCGACGGCCUUGCCGGAGACGCGGACCCCAAAGUGAAGAGGAAGCCUUGGACAUCUCUCUCCAGCGAGUCCGUGUCCUGCCCCCAGGGAUCUCUGAGCCCGGCAGCCUCCCUGACACAGGUCUCAGAACGGCCCCGGAGCCUCCCGCCCGCCCCUGAACCAGAGAGCUCCCCUUGACACCCUCUGGCAGGGCCCACCCCAACCCCGGAAUCAGGAGAUGUGAGGGAGCCAAGAGCUUGAGGAGUGCCAUGCUCCGGCUGGUCCGGGCUGUGUGGAAAUUCGGACUCAGGGAGAGCCUGCUCUGGGCAGCGACUAGGAGGCUGGCCUGGGUUCCCAGGACCCAGGGGGCCUGACUCCCAGCCCCAACCUGUGCCAGCCACUGGAAACAGAAUGACCCCCUUCUGCCCUGGGGGCCCCUCUGCCUGCUGUCCACGGGUGAUUGUGCCAAAGCUCUCAUUCCACUGCCGAGGCCAGGAGGCUUGUCGGCAAGAGUCGGGAUGAAGGACGGAGAAGGGCCAGGUCCCUGGGAGUGGUCUGGGGUCGUCUUGACUGUCUAGACCCCAGGUGAGGCCGAGCUGAGGCAUAUCCCAGUCUCUGCUCAGGGUCAGGGUGGGAAAGACAGGCUCUGAUCCAGAGAAAAGGAGGAUAGAGAAGGAGAGAAGAAUGUAGGUGAAAGAGGCGGGAGGAAGUAGAGGAGGAGACGAUAGUGACUGGAGGAGGUGAGGGCCAUCCAGAGGAGAAGGAGAGGAUACAGGAGGAGUGGUGAAGAGGACGAGAGACAGGGGACGAAGAGGAGAGACAAGGGGAGAGGGGUGGAGGGGAGAGACAGCUGGAAGAACGCACGCCCACAGAGGGAGGAGCUUCGUGGGGUGGGAGCAGAGAGGGGCUCCAUGAGCCAACUGACAUUGUCAUCUAAUCCGCCCAGGGGGGAGAUAAUUCCUAGACAGGGAUGGGAUGGGGAGGGUAUUUAUAAGGGCUACUAGCUGGGAGAUGGGCACCCGUUGGGGGCCACUGGAGGGUCUCCAGGCACACUCUGGCCCCUCCCAGAAAGGGGGGGGUCCUUUUUCUUAAAGCUUCAACCAACCAUAUUAGGGGAUCAUAGGAGGCAUUUUAUUAUUGAUCACAGUCAUUAUUAUUAUUAUAUUACUAUUUUUAUUAAAUCUCCCUCUACUGACAAGUAGGGGGCAAAAUAAGUAUUUAUCUUCUCAAAUGCCAUAUUCCCGGGAGGGACCGACUCGGACGCUCUGUGAAGCAGUAAGAAAUCAAUAAAGACGACUUUGUAAACUGCUGGC